AUGGCUCAAAUUAUCGAUGAUACAAAUCAGGAAACAUCCAGAACAUCUUUAUUAGAUAAUUUGGACGCACAGACUGCACACAACAUGCAUUUGAUGCAAGUUUUUUGCCGCAAAAUGCCAAAAUGCGAAUUUCACGCUCAUUUGAGUGGUUGUAUCAGCCUUAAAAUGCUUCGUAUGCUGGAUUUAAGGCACCAGAGUGAUCAUGGAACUGAUUUAGCUCAGAAUAGACUAAAGAGGCUUAAUGAAUACGACCGAAAGCCGAAGAAUUUGGAGGAAGCAUUUGAACUGUUUCCGCUCAUACAACAGCUGGUUGUUAAAUCUGAAGAUGUUACACAGGUUACUAUAGAGGUGAUUAGAGAAUUUAGUGAGGAGAAUGUGGUGUAUUUGGAGCUACGAUCUACACCUCGACAAACCACUUUUAUGUCGAAAGAGGAAUACGUAAAAGCACUUAUAACAGGUGUAGUUCAGUCAAGACAACUCUUCCCGAACAUUUAUGUUCGAUUUUUACUCAGUAUUGAUCGACGACAAACAGUUGAAGAAGCUGAAGAAACAUUGAAAUUGGCUCUACGUUAUGGAAAAUAUAAUGAUGAUGAGACGAUAAAUGGGAUCAUUAUUGGUAUUGAUAUAAGUGGAAAUCCAAAAUACGAUGCGCGGAAAUUUUUGCCGCUUUUACAGAAAACUAAGAAUGACUUUUCUGUCAUUGCAUUUCAUCUAGCUGAGAUGAAAGAAUACAUAGAUGAAAUCGAGGAGUGCGUACAGUUUGGACCUACUCGCAUAGGACAUGGAACAUUUUUGCAUAGGAUUUCAGAUGAAAUCAAGCGCAAUAGGAUUUUGGAAUAUUUAUACAAAACCCAUAUCCCAAUAGAAAUAUGUCUCAGUUCAAAUUUGGUGUGUGGAACAGUUAAAUCGGUGGAAGAUAGUCAUCUCAUGCAUUAUUACGAAAAGAAGCAUCCAAUACUAAUUAGUACCGAUGAUCGAGCGAUGAUGCGUUGCAGUUUAUCUGAUGAGUAUGUACGUGCUGGAUGGGCGCUAAAUUUGAAUCCGCAAGAAAUUUUUAAUUUUUCAUAUGCCACUACCAAAUACAUUUGUAAAAAUUUAACUGCUAAUGAGAAGUUGCACAUAUUUAAUCAAUUUCACAAAUUUGCAAAAGCUCAGAGUCUUACACUGAAAUAG